UUCCAAUCCGUCUCGUCAGUCCUCACGCACUCAUGGCGGCGGCUGCAGACUGAUCGCCGUCCCAAUCCAAACAUAUGGAAAUGCUCGGGGGAGGGCGCUCCACUUCCACUGACGCCUCCGCCAAGCCGAAGCGUCCGCGUCAUGCAGUGGACGACGGCAUCGGCACCGGCACCGGCACCGAUGCCGAUGGCAGCAGCGGCGGCGAUGCGGACAGCGACCGUCUGAGCGCCCUGCCGGACGACCUCCUCCGCGAAAUCCUGUCGCGUCUCAAUGCCCUGGAGACGGCACAGACGUGCGUGCUGUCUGCGAGGUGGAGGAACCUCUGGCGCUCCGUGCCGUGCCUCGACAUCGACGAGCGGGAGUUCACCGCCAAGUACCCAUUUUUCGUCAACUUCACCGGCAACCUUCUGCGCGGACACGAGGUCGCGCUCCUGGAGGACCUGCGGGUGUACCUGCACACAGGCGUCCUCGGGUGGUCUGCCCCUUGGGUCCGCCGCGCCAUAGGUCUGGGCGUGGGCGAGGCAUGGCCUUGCCGGCUCAAAAGGCUGCAUCUUUACAGCGUGCAUGACCUGCAACUGACGGACCUCGGGAGGCACAUCAGCUCCCACUGCCCUGCUUUGGAGGACUUGAAGCUGCAAAACUGCUGCUACUUGGUCACCGGCACUUUCAAGAUCGCCUCCUCCUCGCUCAAGAAAUUGGUCGUCGUUGGCGACCAUGAGGAUGACGAUGCCGAUGGCCUUUUCUACUUCGUCAUAGAUGCUCCUGCCCUCGUCUCCCUUUGCUUGGGCAGCUCCGAUAUUUAUCACAUUAGUGCUACUCCUACCGAUCCACAUUCCAUGCCGUCUCUUACCGAUGCAUCAAUUCGUCUAUGCCCCCUCACGACCUUCGGGAUUCCAUCAACCGCGUACGAAUCCGGUCUUCUUGCUACCUUGUACAACGUCACAAGCUUGCACCUGUUGCAUUUAGGGGUCAAGUUGUGGCAUUGUGAGGAUUAUUUGGAGUUUCCUAUAUUCGAGAACCUGAGGACCUUGUCCCUCGACCAGUGUUAUAUUGCCGGCGACUUCAUGGGGCUGGAGCCUUACCUACGCAACUCCUGGAACCUAGAGAAGCUCACUUUGCGCCGCUGCAAGGUCUUAGACUUUAGAACUAAGAUGAAGGAGGAGGAACAUCUUCACAAAUAUUCUCAGGACCCGAUGGAUUUCAUGUGCGAGAACCUUACGAUUACUGAAAUCAUAUACCAAGAUGGUGAUGCUUCUGUCGACCUACUGGUCAAGUAUUUGGUGGGCAUGUCGAGGAAUCUGCCAAACAACAAGAUCGAACUCACUAAAGUCGAUUAGCAGAACCGCAUCACAAUACACUAUGGUGGUCUGGCAACAAAUAAUGAUAUACCGGAAGGCUGCCAUGAGAAAUGAAAAUCUUAUGAGGGAACUGCCGUGGUGUACUUUUGAACAUGACAAUUCGUGCGUUAAUGGAGCUUGAAGGAUGGGUUGUUGCGGAUUUGAUUUUCCUUUCAUAGUCUCAUUUGAAUAAUUGUCAGGACGAUGUGCUUUGUCAUACUUUAGCUUUUGGUUCCAUGUUUUUAGUGAAGAGUGAUGGUCGAGCCAGUGGCCUCAUUUUAUCAUCAUAAAGUUAGUAAAUUGAGUUGAA